UUGGGGAAGAAAUCGUAUGGGUCUUGCUGGCGGGAGUAACGGGAUAAUAAGCCGGGGGAGGGACCCUAGGUAUCUGAGGAGCGUUGUGAUUUCAGCUAUGGCUUGAGGUUCCAUUGACUAAAUGCAAUGAUGCGGGAACGAAAAUGCAUCUUGUGCCAAAUUGUAUACAGUUCCAAAAAGGAAAUGGAUGAGCAUAUUCGUAGCAUGCUGCAUCACAGGGAACUGGAGAACCUAAGGGGCAGAGACUGCAGCCAUGAAUGUCGGGUCUGCAGGGUGACGGUGGUGGGACUAUCGACUUACGCCAAGCACAUCUCUAGCCAACUGCACAAAGAUAAUGUCGAUGCCCUGGAAAAAGAGGAAGAAAAGGAGGAGGGUGAGGAAGAAUACUUUGAUAAGGAACUCAUCCAUUUAAUUAACCAAAGGAAGGAACAAAGCCGACAAGAUGAGGCCUGUAGCCCAUCCAAAGAACAAGAAACAGAGAAGUAUCAAAGAAGAAAAGAUCGUCUUCCAUAUCAAGAAACAAACCAGCAAGAGUGGUGCAGAGAUCCUUCAGAGAGAAACUGGCAAUGGCAAAAUGAAUGCUUCAGUAAUCAAAGACCGGGUUUCCUGCAUCCUAAGUUAAAUCACAAUUCUAACUGGCAUCUGAGCAGUUCAAGGGGUCGAGCUGGAUGGCAUUUAAACAAUACAUCAAGUCGUCAUUUGAUCCAUGUCAAGGUUGGAGGCACUUGGCACUCAAACGCAGGGGGGGCAACCAGCUGGCACCAAAGAGGCUCUGGAAGAAAUUUGCACUGGCCUCAGGAGGGGAAAAUUACUUUUCCCAACCAGCGUUCUCGAAACUGUGGAGGAAACUGGCAAAGUAAUCCUUACAAUGGUAACCAGUGGAGUUUUGGUGGUAAUGCGGAUACAUAUCCACAGGGGAGGAACAGACUACCGAGGCACUGUGAUACCGCUCAGGAACAGGAGUUGGAGUGGACUAACAAAAACUGUACACCCAACACUUUCUGUAAAGACAGAUUCAAAUGGAAAAAAAAUGAAAAUAAAACUAGCAAUGGCGCACACUUUACAAAUUCAGAUAAAAACUCAGAAAGGAUGACUGACUUUACAAGUGACAAAUGUAUAGAAGAUCACUUUAUUGGUUUUAAAAUUUCAAGUAAUUCAGAUUUAUCAUCCAAAACAAAGCCGGUUCUUUGCCCUGAGAAGAACCAUAGCCUCACAAGAGAUAAACCACACCGGUGGUCUCCUUACCCAUCACAAAAGAACACAGAGAGUGAUCAAGCACCUCCACAAUCUUCAGAUAAUGAUGCACCACCUAUUCAGUCAGAGGAAUCCAAGAUUGGUUACAGAAAAACAGCCCAAGAUGAAUGUUCGACUAGACUCUGUAUGACUGAGAAUAAAGAUCUGCCCGAUUUCUUUGCUGAUCCAUCUGAUCGAAUAAAGGCAGGCGACAAUGAGUUGAAGAGCUCUCGAAUGCCUUCACUAAAAUCCCCACUUUGCAGUUUACCAGAUAUGAGACUUUCCACUUUGAAGAGAGAUCAAAAAAAUCCUUUAAAAGGUGUUAAACUUCAGUUUUCUACUUCUUUUGGAGAGAGGCAGAAUCGAUUAAGUGCUCUUAAUUUAGAAACUAUUAAGUCCAAUGCAUACAUAUCCAAAUUACGUAGUGCAUCUAAGCAAAUUAAGACCAGUCAGGAGACCCAAGAAAGCAAUAACAAAGAGUCCAUUGAAUCUCUAAGUGAGGUGCUACGCAAAGCCAAAGAGAUGCUGCGCGACAGCCAGGCAAUUCAAAAUCCUCAUAUUCAGUCUUUGAGUGAUUCAUCGAACAAUCCAGACACUGCAAUAGCUGAAGUAUCUAAAGAUUAUUUUGUAACUAGUAUUUCCUCUGAUUAUACCUUAGAAGAUGUGAGUGAUGACGACUUCUUCAAUAAUGGGGCAAAAAUGGACAACGCAGGAGAGUCCAAAAAUUCUGAUGCAUAUUGCAAACUUAAGGAAGACAACAGUGCAGAACACUUAAAACAGGAUUUCAUUGAUUCUGUCUCCUGUACAGAAAAAUCUGCUGACAAACCUUUCAUUUCACAGAACAAUUCAGAGUCUCUUUAUACAGAUGAUGAUAGAAAUUCUCACCUGUGUCAAGACUUUCAUGUUGCUGAAAAUUUUAAACAUGUUUCCGAUCUUGAACUGCAAAAAGGUGCUACGCAUUCCUCCAAUCCAAUAUUACCUGAAUUAAGCAAACUUGGACUGCCUGUUUCCCUCCAAAGAGAUCUAACUAGGCAUAUUAGUUCACGGAGCAAAACUGGAGCACACCUCCCAGAACCUAACCUCAAUAGUGCGCGACGCAUCAGAAAUGUGAGUGGGCAUCGCAAGAGUGAGACUGACAAGGACUCCAGUCUCAAGCCAACCCUUAGGCAGAUUCUGAAUGCAUCGAGAAGAAAUAUAAAUUGGGAACAGGUCAUCCAGCAUGUGACAAAGAAGAGGCAGGAGUUGGGCAAAGGAUUGCCGAGAUUUGGUAUAGAAAUGGUAGCACAGGUACAAAGCGAACAAGAAGGUCUUGACUUUGAAGAAGCAGACUUGGGAAUUGAAAGUUACCAUUGGGAAGGCAUCACUGCAAGUCCAAUGGGGUCAAUACGGAAGCGGAGCCUCUCUGAAAGCAGUGUUGCUGUGGACAAGAAAUCCAUUUACAGUAUUUUUAGUGAUCAUGGCUCAGAAACCUGUUGUGCACAAUCAGACAACAGUCCAAAAUGCCAUACAACACCGGCAGCACCAGGACCAAAGGGUGUUUCCAUGUUGACUGCAAAGCAGGAGGGAGAAGCAGAGGAUAUUUGUGUCGCAUCUCCCUCAGUGGACACUGAUAUCUUCUCGAACACAAUUUUAGCUGAAACCUCACAAAGUCACAUGGAAAGUGUGGAAGCCUGUGCUGACUCGGACAGCUUGUGCAUGUUUCAGAGAGCUUGUGAAGAAACAGUCAUCAGUACUGUGACAGCAGCUAGCACUAAUGUGGAUGGGGGCACAGAUAGCUGUGCAUCCGGCACUGAACAAAAUGAUAGCCAAGGGGUUGGAAAGAAAAGAAGGGCCACUGGGGAUGGCUCAUGUCCUGAAACGAAUCUGGAAAGAAACACUAAAAGAAGAAAAAUACGAGGCAUAAAAGAGCGUUCCCAGGUGGAUCAGCUGUUAAGCAUUUCAUUAAGAGAAGAAGAGCUGAACACAUCACUCCUCGGUGUAGACAGCCACCUACUCCAAGCUCGAGCCACUUUGCAGGCAGCUUACUUGGAAGUUCAGCGUCUGUUGGUUCUGAAACAGCAGGUAACAAUGGAAAUGAGCGCCAUGAGGUCGCAGAGAAUUCAGAUUCUGCAAGGACUUCAAGGUACCUAUGACCCUGCCAAUGAGAUAGAAGAGGGAACAGGGGGUGCACCAACACAGGCAUCAGUUGUGAAUCCUGGAAAUCCGAUGUCUUUUCUCUUGGAGCCUCCAGCCUAUCUUUCUCUGCAAACACAACCAGCAAGCUCCCUGUUGCCAGCUCCUAUCGCCAUGUACACUCGAACUGUCCAUCCUGGUCCUGAAAUUCCUGAUUCAUCAAUAACCAUUAAACAAGAGCCAGUAUCACCUGUAAGAACUAAGGAGAGCAUGGUCACACUUCCACAACAAGCACAGGAUGGUCCACCAGCAGAGACUAAUGAUGGAAAUAGCCACAACAAAUCUGUAUAUCCAAUUAUUACAGCCACCAUUUCUCUAUCUGAGUUAACAAACAAAUUUCCAGUUAUCAAUUCGGAACCGUCCCUUGAUAAUCAAAGUGCAGUUUCUGCACUAUCAGGACCUUCUGUUAGCUUGCCUAAAUCAGAAUCCGACAACCCAGUUUAUUGGCCUGUUUCUUCUACCCUUCAAGGAAAAAACGCUCAACUCAGUAUGUCUGCACAAGAAACAGGCUGCUCAACAGGCAACCCUGAGCACGCUGAGUCAACCCUUAUCACAAUAGAGACUAAAAUGGGGAAGAAAAAGAAGUUAAGGAAAAAGAAGACCUUACGUCCUACCCAUAUACCUGAAAACAGCGACACAGAGCAGGACAUCUAUUCCACCAAGCCAGUGAGAAAAGUAAAGUGUAGAAUACUUUCAAAGGAAGCAACAGUCAGCACAUCUACUUCCCUAGAGCAGGAGGUGAACACCGCAUCACACGAAGGAGAGAUGAACAAAGAUGACAGUGAUUCCAACAUAGAGGUGAUGGAAAUCCGGAACCCUCGGUUUGAGGUAGUGCAAAUAGACUCCCAUUCUGACAAUGAAAAACCAGACAGCCCACCUAUAAUUGAACAUGCAGGCAUUGCAUGCUCAAGCCAUGGAAAUUUAGAGAAAAAUGAUGAAGUCACUUCUACCAGUGAGCUUGGUAUGACCUAUGUAGCAGAAAAUAUAAGAAGCACAUCUAAUGAGAAGCGUAGAGCCUCCGCCCAAGCAGCAAAGAAUUCUUCAGAAGUAUCAUCAGAAACUGGGGAAGAUGAGGAACCUACAGAGGGCAGCUUUGAAGGACAUCAAUCUUCUGUCAAUGCCCUUCAGAUCUUUGAUGGCAUACUCUACACGUGUUCUGCUGACAAAUCAGUGCGGGCAUACAAUCUUGUGACCCGACAGUGUGAGGGUGUUUUUGAAGGACACACAUCUAAAGUGAAUUGCCUCCUCCUGACUCAAACACAUGGGAAGAACGUAGUCCUGUUUACUGGGUCCAGUGAUCACACAAUCCGAUGCUAUUCUAUUACGUCCCGGGAAUGUCUGGAGACUUUAGAUGUUGGAGAACGAGUCCUGUGUCUGCAUGUUCGAUGGAAAAUCCUUUAUGCAGGACUUGCCAAUGGGACAGUAGUCACUUUCUCUACCAAGAACAACAAGCAGACUGAUAUAUUUGAGUGCCAUGGUCCUCGGGCAGUUAGUUGCUUGGCAACUGCACAGGAGGGUUCUCGAAAGCUCCUCCUUGUGGGUUCCUAUGAUUGUACCAUCAGUGUUCGAGACGCCCGUAAUGGUCUUCUGCUUCGCACUUUAGAAGGUCACACUAAAACCGUCCUGUGUAUGAAGGUUGUCAACGACCUGGUGUUCAGUGGCUCAAGUGAUCAAUCUGUGCAUGCUCAUAAUAUACAUACAGGGGAGUUGGUGCGUAUAUACAAAGGACACAAUCAUGCUGUUACAGUGGUUAAUAUUUUGGGAAAAGUCAUGGUGACAGCCUGCUUGGAUAAAUUUGUUCGGGUUUAUGAGCUGCAGUCACAUGACCGGUUACAAGUCUAUGGAGGACAUUCAGACAUGAUCAUGUGUAUGGCAAUUCACAAAAGCAUGAUCUACACUGGAUGCUAUGAUGGUCGUGUUCAAGCUGUGCGUCUAAACCUUAUGCAAAAUUAUCGCUGCUGGUGGCAUGGAUGCUCACUUAUUUUUGGUGUAAUUGAUCAUCUGAAACAACACCUACUAACUGAUCACACAAACCCACACUUUCAAACGUUGAAGUGCAGAUGGAAGAAUUGUGAUGCGUUCUUCACAGCCCGAAGAGGCUCCAAACAGGAUGCAAUCGUGCACAUUGAACAUCAUGCAAAUGAAAACCGACAUAUAAGCGCAUAGAAAGCACAGCACAUCCCAUAUUGGGGUGUUACUUUGUAAACAACAUCAUGAUGACAUCUUCUGCUCUGCAGGUCUUACAUUUCAUGCAUGGUAUAACCCCUGUGCAAUAGGGAGAAUGUACAGUGCAGAGAUCUUACUGUCCUUUUACUAUACAAAGAAGAGGCCUAAAUGACUCCUAUGUCCUUUGUCUUAGUCACUCUUCUAAUGUCCAUGUCCUUUAUUUUACUCAGUGCAUUAUUUCUUUUAGUCUUACGGUACAAAACAAAAUAUUUUACUUGACAUCUUCAAUUUUUGUUUUUUCAUGGGCAUAGCAUAAAGUAAUAUAUAAUGUUUUCUCCUUGCACUUUGUAUGCCAAUUCAAAUCUUAAAAUGCUACUUUUACAAUUUUAUAGUAAAGAGCCUUUAGAGCCUUUUCACAUUUUAUUUACACAUUUUAAAAAAACAAAACGUUUUUUUGCAUGUUAGGUUAUUAAAACAAAACCAACAAAGCUUAUAAUUCACUAAGUAUAUUUAAUUUUGUUCCCCCAUCCUUAAUUAAAUGUAUGAAAAUUACCAUUAUUAAAGGCUCUAAACAAAAUUAGCUUUCUGCUGCCUUGCAUUAUACCAUAUAUGUAUUGCGUGAUGGUCACUGAAGUCAUUUUAUAUAUAUAUAUAUAUAUAUAUAUAUAUAUAUACACACACACACACACACACACACACACACACACACACACACACACA